UUUCAGAGAGGCACAGGGGAAUAGUGUUCCACAGAUAGUUAAACUUGUCAGACCGUGCUGUUGUAUUGAGAGAUCGCAGGGUGAGUGUACAGGAAAUGAGAGAUCUGAAUGCAUAUAAGAGGAGAAGGGGUUCAUUCUAUGUAUCUUACCACAGAUUGUAAGAGUUUGGAUUAAGUAAUUGUUUCCAGUGGAUUAAGAUCCAUCUCAGCCGAAUAUUGGAACUGAAUGAAAUUCAGGAAGCGAUUCUAACCAUUUAGGAUCACUUUUACUUCUCCAAGAGGAUGAUGAAGACAGUUGAUUUGUGAAUCCACACUAAAUGCAGCAGGAUGGCUUCACUUGGUGCAGAAUGCACUUUUCUUUUCCACUCUAAUGGCUCAUCAAUCCCAAACUCUACAUUUGCCUCCAGCACUAUUGCUGAGAUAUACUUGCGAUGGGUUCAGGCUUUGUUGCGGGGCCGAAGUAGGCUUACCAUCAUCCCUGGAGGAAUCUGCUUCUUUGCAUCAUUGCUAGCCAGCCCACUAAUUUUGCUCGCCAUUUUCACCAAAAGCACCCUCCGCCAAGAAUCCAGAUACCUACUGCUCGGCAACACUUUGAUCAGUGACUUGAUUUACUCGGUGAUAAACUUCAGCAUCCAGCUUUCUAAUGCUUUCCAGCUGAGCUCUCCCAAGGUGGUGUGUGAAUUGCUGCUUUUCACUCUCACGACUACAUGGUGCUGUGGGAUUAUGACAAUCACAGCCAUGGUGAUAGACACCUACCUGGCUGUUAACUGGCCUCUGCACUAUAUCACUCUGCUCCCCCCUACUAGGACAGUCAGAUUGGUCAUCUUCAUAUGGUUUUUGGUUACUUUGCCACAGUUUAUCAUCACUAUCAUAAUGAUAGCAACACAACAAUCUCCAUUUUGCAAGUUGAAAUUGUGUGAAGUGGACUACAUUUUCCUAAUAGCUCCACACGGCGCUGUCCUUGCUCACCUUUUUUAUGGGAUGUUCAUUCUUCUGUUACUGUCAUGCAUAUGUUUGCUGCUGGGUUGUUAUUUCAUGUUGUACUGGAAGACAAGGAAUUCCGGGAUAUGGAGAGGCUUUACCUCCAGGGCAAGACUCACCUUUCUAAUGCACUCUAUUGUCCUCUUCUUUUACUUUGGUUCAAUGCUACUGCUUAUAUUUGAAAGCAUUUUAUAUUAUUGUGGCAUGAUUAAGUUUGAGACUGUUACUUUCCUCACCUGGGCAUUGUCUAAUGUAAUAAUGAUGGCACCAAAGGCCCUAGCACCCUACAUGUAUGCAAUGAGGUACAGAGAACUAGCAAAGGUUAUCAAAUCAUUCUUCUUUGUAAAAAAAUUGAAUCGGGUGGAACCCUUGUGUUAAUCCUGCAAGAAGAUAACAUUAAUGUAAUCCCCGUGUUUGUCAGAAUGUAUUAGUGUUUAACUAAGGUUAUUAUGUGGGCUCUAAUGUUAAAUAUGUAUCCCCCUUACCUACAAAGCAUUAUCAAAUAUAAGCACUGCAUGAGGGAUAGGGCACAGAUUUCAAAAGCACAGAUACCAGUGAAGCUGCUGGUUGUGACCUCAAUGGCAUUUUCAUUGGAGCAAUUAAUAACAGCACAACAACUUCUAUGUCAGUUGAAGUCUGUGUGGUUCGGCUUGUUAGAACAUGCAGAAUCAUCCUGGAUCUGCCCCACAGCUCUUGUGUGGACUACGGGCCCUGGCUUGGCCCGUGCACCCUGUCCACACUGCAUUCCCCACCUCCAGUAUUCACACACAUUGUCCACUGUCCAUUCCCAAGCUCCAGCUCACACACCAUGUCCACAGUUUGUACCUUGGAUCUGGCCCACACACCCAGUGCACAGUCUGUCUGUUCCCUGUCUUCGGCCCACACACUCGGUCCAUACUCCAUGCUCCUGCUCCUGAAUACAGAUCCCAUCUCCGGCCCACACAUCCGGUCCUCGCUCCGGACCCAGGCUGCGCCCACAUACCCUGUUCACAGUCUGUUGCCUGGGUCCGGCCCACACAAACAGUCCACAGACCGUUCCCAAACUCUGGCCCACACACCCUGUCCACACUGCAUUCCCUAGGUCCAGCUGUACAUUCGUUCCAUGAUCCUGGCUCCAGUAGUUCCUGACCAACCAGACCCUGUUCCAGCCACAGAUCCACCCAUGUUUCUCACCACAAACCUAACCCAACACUGACCUGAACCUUGACUCCAGCCAUACACCUGGUCAGGAUUCCAACCAAAUGUACUAGAUGUCAGUACAAGAUAUCUCAUGGAAAACUGGACACACCAGACACCACAGGCAUUGGGUCUGGAAGAAUGGGCUAUAUUUACAAACAUUCCCAGUAAUUCAUGGGCAAUCUUUAAGGGACAGAAGUUUAGGGGUAACAUGAGAGGGAACUUCUUUACUCAGAGAGUGGUAGCGGUGUGGAAUGAGCUUCCAGUGGAAGUGGUGGAGGCAGGUUCGUUGGUAUCAUUUAAAAAUAAAUUGGAUAGGCAUAUGGAUGAGAAGGGAAUGGAGAGUUAUGGUAUGAGUGCAGGCAGGUGGGACUAAGGGAAAAAAGUUGUUCGGCACGUACUUGUAGGGCCGAGAUGGCCUGUUUCCAUGCUGUAAUUGUUAUAUGGUUAUCUUGCGAGGGCACAUAUCCGUGGGUAUCAUGGAUAAUGAAGAUUUGUCUGAAGAAGGGUCUCAACCUAAAACUUCACCUAUCCAUGUUCUCCAGAGAUGUUGCCUGACCUGCUGAGUUACUCCAGCAUUUUGUACCAUUUUGUGUAUUAACCAGCAUCUGCAGUUCCUUGUUUCUUCUAAGUGAAGAUUUAUUGGUGUUUUUAAGUCAGUGCAAUGUAGGAAAACAUGACAACCUGUACGCAGCAAGUUCCUGCAAACAGGAAUAAAAUAAAUAAUUAAAUUAUUUGUUGGGGGUGUUAUUUAUCCUUGAUAUAGUGAACUUCCUUGAUCACUAUUUAGUGCUUUUACAUCCAUUUGAUGUUGGUAUAGGUAUUGGUUUAUUUUUGUCAUGUGCACUGAGGUACAGUGAAGAUGUUUGUAUUAAGUGCUAUCCGGGCAUAUAGUUAAUUUCAUUGUUGAGUGCUACAGGUAGUGCAAAAAGAGAAAGAAAACAGAAUACAGAAUAUAGUGACACAGCUACAAAGGAAGUGCAGAUUUAAACAAAUGCAAGGACUGCAACUAGGUAGAUUGGAAAAUCAGGAAUGCAUCCUUAGCAUAUCAGAUGCCAGUUCAAGAGUCUGAUAACAACAUGAAAGAAGUUGUUCUUGAUUCUGAUGGUGCAUAUCUUCAAUCUAUAGCAUCUCCUGCCAGGAGAGGGGAGAAGAAAAUGACUGGGGCGUGAGAAGUCCUUGAUUACUUUCUGAGGAGGCUUAAGAAAGUUCACCUGUCCCCCCAGAUCCUGUUCAACUUCUACCGCUGUACCUUUGAAAGCAUCCUGACCACCUGCUUCACAGUAUGGUACAGCAGCUGCACCACAGCUGAUAGGAAGGCACUGCAACGGGUGGUGAAAACCGCUCAGCACAUCAUUGGUGCCCCGCUCCCAGCCAUGGAUGCCCUCCACCGCAAACGGUGUCUGAGACGGGCCGGGAAAAUCAUUAAGGACCCCUCUCGCCCUAACCAUUGCACUCCUCCCAUCAGGGAGCCGGUACAGUAGCCUCAGGUCUCGCACAAGCAGGCUGAAGAACAGCUUUUUCCAAAAUACCAUUACCCUGCUGAACUCACAGGCCCGACGCUAGCUAUCUUUUAUACUCUUUUAUCUGUAUAUAUUUAUUUGCCUAUGUACUAGUUUAAUUCAUCCACAUUGCACAUAUUGUUUUAACCAGUAUUUUACUACCUUGCACUCUGAUUAGAUGCUAAACUGCAUUUUGUUGUACCUGUACUCGUAUUUGUGCAAUGACAAUAAAGUUGAAUCAAAUCAAAUCAAAUUACAUUGGCUGCUUUUCUGAGGCAGAAUGAAGUGUAGAUGGAGUCGAUUGGGGCGGGUGUUGGAGAGGCUGCUUUCAUGAUGGACUGGGUUGUGUCGACAACUCUGCAAUUUGUUGAGGUCCUGAGAAGAGACAGUCAAUGGGGUUUUGGUUUAAAUGCCUCAAAAAGGCAUCUAGGUUUUUCUCUCUCUGCACUUUCUAAUCCAUGGGGUUUCAGUUUCAGGUCUUAGCAACAACUCUGAUCUGUAUUUCACAGCUUUAAUGUGUCCUUAGUUUGUUUAUUCUCUCUCUCAAUGGGCCUCAAUAAUCUACCAAUACUCACCAUUGGUUGUGUAGUGGUAGUUACUGCCUUACAGCACCAGAGACCCGGGUUCGAUCCUGAUUAUGGGUGCUUGUCUGUACAGAGUUUGUACGUUCUCCCCGUGACCUGCGUGGGUUUUCUCCAAAACCUUUGCUUUCAUCCCGCACUGCAAAAACGUACAGGUUUGUAGGUUAAUUGGCUUGGUAACAUUGUAAAUUGUCCC